AGAACAUCAAAGUUCCUAAAGCCGUCACUUUUGGCGACCUGCCACCCUCGUCGCUGGAUGGUGAAGGGAAAGCGGGAGGAGCCGCUGUCUCUGGUGGACGUGGUGGCUCUUCUAGUGCGAGCAGAAACAGGGGCAAGAACAACAACCUGAUCUCCCGUCUGCCUCCAGGACUAGAGGUGGUUUUUGAAGAGUCGGAGAGUUGCAGCGGCCGCUCCUCUUCCUCGGCAGCUACUACCUCCGGCAGUCCGGCAGAUCGCGGUGCUGCUACGAACGCUUUGCCGUCGCCGACACAUAAUAUCAUCCCAGAUGAACAACACCAGUCUGCUCUGCAGGGCAACGUGACCAGUAGUCCCCCGACGACCAACAUGCGGUUGCCGCCUGAGCUGCCAUCUUGCCUUACCCAGCUAAAGAACCGGCAGAGGUAGAAGUUGUGAAUGACUUUCACUUUUCUUCUUCGAUUGACAUUGAACGCAAAAUCUAUGUAUCUAUAGUUGUACUCUAUCCAUAACUAUUCUAUAACUCCACCACAUAGGACAGGAAGAUAAAACCUCAUUUUCGACGACGGCCGAAGUCAGGAUGAAAAAUGAAAAACAAAAACAACACAUGCAAUAGCAACAAGUACAUGAACAUCAUCACGGUUGAAAAUCGGAAAUAAAACUUUUGCCUUUUCCUUCGUUAAAAAGAGGAAAGAGAGAACCCCGGAAAAGGAAAAACGAGACAGACCAUGCGGUCUGAUGUUGUUGAAAAUGCAGUUAUAGUUACUAGUUUUUUCAUCUUCUCGAGUUGAACAAAUGUAGGAUUAUUUUUUACAAGAACAAACCAAGUACGGACGAAAUUGCGCAUAAAAACAGGCAACUACUAGUACACCACUCUAAUUUGUGGUGUUGCGGUUGUUUUUUUCUUCAUAGAAAAUGAGCUACAUAUGGUUUUUCAUCAUCAUCAAUCAUCUGCGUAUUAAGGAUUUUUUACAGUGCAUAAUGUUCUCUGACCGCCUUCUUGUUGUACUAAAGAGGCUACUCAAUAUGGAUUGCAAAAAUGUCUGGGUCUGGAAGGGAUGUAACUUGUCAUGCUAAAUCUGAAUCAUAUUGCCAAAAGCUGUCCACUUUUGACUUAAGCGACAGGCAGUUUCUCAUGCAGGAUAGGCAUGAUAGAACUCUCACAGAAUCUGUAAUGCUAUGUCCUACAUACCAGGCCUCGCGGGUCAUGGAAAACCUGCAUGACAAGCCUGGCAUUCUUCCAGACCCAGACACUUUUGCAUUUGAUACUCCCUGCGGCUGCACGACCCGCUGAGGGAAGCCCAGCCGCAGCUUGAUUGUGGACUUUGGUUUAUGAUACAAGAAGACCAAGGCAUCGCUCUGCAGAGCAGGUGAGCUGCAGAAGCAGUAUUUAUGAACGUAUUCAUAAACUAUGCAAAAUAAGUAGUAAAACGACCAGGAGAUGAACCAAACCAGUUCGAAGACUUCUUGGAAGCAAAUCUUCU